AUGACGCCAUCGACGGACCCUCAUAAUGAAUCCCUUGGGACGCUUCAGACGGAAGCAAUCAGCCCCAUCGCUGAUACCAUGGAUACCAUGGCCACUUAUGAGUUGUGUGCCUCAUUCAAUCAGGAAGAGGCUCUUGUAGCAACUUCAAUAGCUUCUAAUCUACCAGCUAUUGCCGCCCUGGUUGAUGACAUAGUCCCACGGCUCCGCCGCGGCGGGCGCCUCAUUUAUGUUGGUGCCGGAAAUAGUGGACGAGUAGCGUAUAUGGACUGCACAGAACUUCUGCCAACAUUUUCCGCCGACCAGAAGCAGUUUCUCACAGUCGUGGCUGGUGGAAGCCGGGCUGUAGUGGAGGCGGUUGAAGGGGCCGAGGACUUACACGAUGACGGCGAGGCUAAGAUGCAGGAACUGCAAUUGACUUCACGAGACACCGUCAUUGGGAUAGCAGCUUCUGGGAGGACACCAUUCGUCCUUGGAGCCCUCGAAGCUGCCAUGAGAAACGAUGCCCUGACGGCGGGAAUCACCAAUUGCCGACCUUCCGCUAUGGAGAAACUCGGCAUCAAGCAUCUCAUUACCGUGCUAGUCGGCCCUGAAUUCGUCACAGGCAGCACACGACUCAAAGCUGGUAGCUGUGCUAAGCAAGUACUCAACAUGAUAAGCACGUGCACAAUGAUCAAGCUGGGCAAGACAUACCGUGGGCUCAUGGUCGAUGUACGCGCUGUCAAUGAGAAGCUCAGAGCAAGGGGCAGGCGAAUCGUGAGGCAGGUCUGCAAAGACAGGCCGUUGAUGCGAAACAUCAAGCCAUACAUUGAUGCUACAUCUAUCACCAGAUGCGAUGCUCUGGAUGAUUUGGACAGAGCCAUAGACUCUCUCAUUCAAACGUGCGCUGGCAGUAUCAAGUUGGCCUGUGCAGUUGGACUUUCAGGACUUGACUCAGAAACUGCGCGGGCAAAGAUGGCUAUGGUCGAUGGAAACCUGCAUGCAUUUGUUCGUGUCGUCGACACGCAUCCUUCUGCCGCAUCUGCUGAUGUUGGUAAUCGAGAAGAUUAUUUCCUCUGUGUAGAUGGCGGCGGCACAAAAUGUGCUGCUGCCAUUGCCUCACGCGGUGCUGUUGUUGCCCAAGGUGUAGCUGGAGGUUGCAAUUUGAACUCUGUCACAUUGGAAGAAGCCGUCAACCAAAUAAGAUCAGCAAUCGACCAAGCUGUCGCUCUCCUGAAUGGCCACCAUCAAGGAUCGUGGCCAAAAUUUCGAAAAGUUUGGGUAGGUAUCGCAGGUUUACAUCACAGUCGCCAGGGAGAGUCUAUGACAUCCCAUCUCGAAUAUCUCCUAGGACUUUCGUCGAACAGCGGACGCCUCUCCUUGACUUGUGACACUUCGCUGCUAUCAUCUUGUAUGGUGUCCAAUAAUUCCGUGAACGGAUGCGUCGCUCUCAUUGCCGGCACAGGUGCUGUCGCAACGGCGUUCAAGACCGGUUCUGCUGGAGGCAUUACUCAGGUCGGAAGAGCUGGGGGAUGGGGUCAUCUCUUUGGAGAUGCCGGAAGCGCCUUUUAUAUCGGACAACGCGCAAUACAGACUGUUCUGGCGGCCUUAGAGGAAUGCCAAGGCGAUCCGUCGUCUUCCCAAACGCUCAGCCAAUUCCAACAGGCGGUGUUGGAGCAGCUGAAUUGCGAUAAAGCAGACCUGCUUUCCACAGUCUUGGGGACACAUGCAACCAAGCAAUCGCCUAAGCUACUCAUCGGUGGAGUUGCUCGUAUAGUGACCAAUCUUGGCUUCAGAUCUGUGAAUCCUGAUCAGGAUGCCAUAAACAUACUCCACGAUGCAGCAGACUGCCUCGUGGUUCUUCUUAAACGACUCAUUAAGGCUGGAGUCUCUGAUCCAAGCGGAAGCAUGCUUGUGUUAUCAGGCGCGCUGAUGAAGGUCGGACCAUUCAGAGAGUUGGUUCUCGAGAAAUGCAAGGAUCAAAACAUCGUUUUCAAAAGCACAUUGCUCGUCGAAGACCCUUCGAAGUACGCCGGCAAUUUUCUGGCGAGGUCGAGCUCCGACAACGAGCCAGUACUGGACGAUACUAUCGAGGAUACCCCAGCGUCGACAUUUUAUAGCACGAGUACACUUCUGAAACAGGAAGUAGUAGUGUAA